AUGGGCAGCUCCGCCUUCAUCCUUCGGCACGUGAACCGCCGCGCCGCCGCUGCGGAGGCAGAGGUACAGCGCCGCGCUCUCCUCUCAAUCGCGCGCAACACGACCCUCCCCGCACACAUGAGGCACAAGGCCCAGCUCGCCCUGUCGCAGCACAACGGCGGCACGGUCAACGGCCGCAUGAACGCGGUCAAGAACCUCUGCAACGAGACGGGGCGUGCGCGUGGUGUGCUCAGCAAGUUUGGGCUGUGCCGGUUCCAGUUCCGCCUCAAGGCGACGCGUGGAGAGCUCUCUGGCGUGCACAGCGCGUCUUGGUGA